AUGGCGUCAACUACCACGAUCGUCGACCCGCAGAGCCACUGCAGCGGCAACGCCGAGCUCUACCGCGACGCGGACGGCGUGCGUUGGAGCUUCAUGCUCAAUCUGACGGACAUAUCCUACGGCACCUACGGCAACAACAAGUUCUACAUGGGGCAGCUCAUCGUGGAUCGCGCGCGCUUCGUGGUCUUCCGCAAGUGGGGCCGCGUGGGCGCCAAGACCCCGCAGUCCAAGACGGAGUACUACAGCUCCGUGGAGGCGGCCGAGAAGGCCUUCCAGAAGGUCUUCCGGGCUAAGAGCGGCAACAAGUGGCCGCUCGCGGAGCCCUUUGUGCGCAAGAAAGGCAAAUACUUCCUCGUCGAGCUGGAUGACGGCGAGCCAGAAGCAGCUAGUGCCGAUGCUGCGCAGAAGGUGGGAGAUAAAGAGGAGGAAGUGGUCUCCAAGCUCCCGGAGGAGGUGCAGUACAUCAUCCAGCUUAUCUGCGACCCAGAGGUGGUGAUGCGAGAGAUGGUCAGCUUGAAUGUAGACUUGAAUCGCUUUCCACUUGGCAAGCUGUCGAAGGCGCAGAUUUCGCAGGGAUACGAUAUUCUACAGCGCAUCUCGACCACCCUGGAGGAAUUGGAAGAGCUCACGAAGACACCUGCUCCACCGCCAAAGACGACGAAAGCCGGCGCGAAAAGCAGACGAAAGGCAAAGGCGAAGGCAAAGGGCCCAGCUGCAGCGGCAACUAAAAGCGCAGCAAGCUGUCGUGACGAUCUCAAGUCGCUAUCGAGUGAAUUCUACUCGCUAAUUCCGCACGACUUUGGUCGUUCCCUGCCGCCAGUCAUCGCCAAUAUGACGGACCUCAAGGUAAAACUUGAGCUGCUGGAGGUGCUGUCGAACCUGGAAAUCUCGCAGAUGCUGCAGAAGCAGGAAGCUGAGAAGCCAAAAGGUCCAGCUAUUCACCCGCUCGAUCUUCACUAUGACAUGCUGACCACGAACAUGGAACCUCUGGACAAGAGCGGCAAGGAGUACAAGAUCAUUGAAAAGUUUAUCACGAAGACGAACGGUGGAAGCAAACUCAAUAUAAACACGGUUCUCAAGAUCGCCCGUCCCGACGAAGAGAGCCACAAGGGCGUCCUGGGAUCGCUGGACAACCACAAGUUGCUAUGGCACGGCUCCCGGCUAUCGAACUUUGUUGGCAUUCUGUCUCAAGGACUGCGAAUCGCGCCGCCCGAGGCCCCCAAGAACGGAUACCAGUUCGGCAAAGGGGCGGUGCUUCUGCUUGCUGAUGUCGCUCUGGGCAAGCCGUACAAAACGCCGAAUGGUGAGUUCCUGGAUUACAGCAUGGUGAAGGACCAGCGCGGGUGCGACAGCACGCACGGCCUAGGCCGAAUGGCGCCUUCGGAGGACGAGUACGAGACUCUACCGGAUGGUAUCGUGGUUCCGGCGGGUACGCUGAAGCCCGUGGCUGGUGACCAGUACUUGCUGUACAACGAGUUCAUCGUGUACCGUCGCGAACAAGUCCAGCUACGCUAUCUCGACGCCAAUGGAGUCGCCUGGAGCUUCAUGCUCAACUACACCAACAUCUCGUUCGGGACAUACGGGAACAACAAGUUCUACAUGGUGCAGCUGAUCCAGGACGGAUACCGAUAUAUGGUCUUCCGCAAGUGGGGACGCGUCGGCGCCAAGAACCCGCAGCGAGCUUUGGAGCGCUACAACUCGUCGCUGGAGAAAGCGCAGGCCUCGUUCACCAAGAAGUUCCUGGACAAGAGCGGCAACGAGUGGCCGCUGACUGGGCCUUUCGAGAGAGUGGAAGGCAAAUACGUGCUCGUUGAGCUUGACGAUGAAGUGCCUGAAGAAGAGGCGGACGAGAGCGAAGUCGAGCAGGAAGAGGAGGUGCUGUCGGCUUUGCACGAGACUGUUCAAGAUGUCUUGAAGGUACCCCAAAUUUCCCAGGGAUACACUUUGCUACAGCAGCUUUCUGAGGCCCUCAAGGAGAUUGAAGAGCUGAAUAAGGCUGUCGAGGACAAGAAGGACGCGCCUGCGCAGAAACGAGCUGGGACUCGUCGCUCCACUCGCGUGAAGCGAACGGCAAACCCGAAUGCCGCCCAAAUUCGUCGCUUAAAGAACAGCUUGAAGACCCUCACGAGCGAUUUCUACACGCUGAUCCCGCAUGACUUCGGAAGAAACUUGCCGCCCCCGAUUGAUUCCAUGGACGAGGUGAAACUCAAGAUCGACUUGCUAGAAGUACUGGCGAAUAUCGAGAUCUCGCAAAAGUUGCAGGCGGAGAAGAAGAAGAACGCAAAGAAGAAAUCUGGCACGGACGAGUCGAAGUUGAACUCCCUUGAUGUGCAGUACAAUCUGCUCAAUGUCAAAAUGGAGCCUCUGCCUGAAUCGACCGAAGAGUACAAGAUCAUUGAAAGAUACGUGGAAACUACGCACGCCCCAACUCACGUGCAGUAUAAGCUGCGCAUCAAGUCAAUUCUCAAGAUUUCUCGGCCGGAUGAAGAGAAAAUCAAAGACGUUUUCCAGUCUGUGGACAACCACAAGCUGCUGUGGCACGGGUCCCGACUGUCGAACGUUGUCGGUAUUCUGUCCAAGGGACUUCGUGUGGCUCCACCCGAGGCGCCUAACAACGGAUACAUGUUCGGCAAAGGCGUACGUGGCGUUUUGAUUCUUGCUGAAGUGGCUCUGGGAACUCCCUACAAGGCCGAGGAAGCGGAAGACCUGACGUACACCAGUCUGAAGAAGACCAAGGGAUGCGACAGCACCCACGGCGUGGGGCGCAUGGCUGCCCCCGAGGAGGACUACGAGACCAUGGACGACGGCGUGGUGGUCCCCGUCGGUGAGUUCAUGCCGUCGGAUGGCAACGGAUCGCUGCUCUACAACGAGUUCAUCGUGUACCGCCAGGAGCAAGUCAAGCUGCGCUAUCUGGUCAACCUCGACUUCCUCUACGAAGAGGAGGACGAGGCAUAG